AUGCCAUAUCCUCAAGGUCGCCCACAUGCACAGGAGCAAGAACAGGCGCAGAUUACAAUCCAGCAAGGAUAUCAGGUGGUCACCUGCCAGCGGUUUUUCCCAUCCCGAACAGGGUCCCAUUAUAUCUGGGUGCCAUGCCCCAACCAGCAGCCAGAGGAGCAGCCCCGGGCCGCGCGCACCCCCCACGUCCAGGCCACCGUCGAUGCCGUGAUCCAGGCAUGGGAGCAGGCCCAGGCCCAGGCAAAGGCCCAGCAGACCAUCCAGGCCAGCGAGCUCACCGAUGCCAAUCCAUGGCUGCGGAUGACCGGGUGGGCAGAUUACCUGCAGGGCAUCAGUGAGAAGAACUUGCAUGACUGUGUUGAGACACCUGAGGAAGAUCCCCAGGAUGCCACAGAGCAGCGGGUGCAGGUUAUCUGGGCCACCAUGGAGCAGGUCGCCCGCAAGAGCCAGCGGAUGGUCCAGCAAUGCGGCCAGGCCAUCUGGGUGGAGGCUGUCCGGUCCGAAACAGGGCAGACCCCGCACCAGCCAUUAUUGGCAUACAUGGACAAGGCCGCGAUCCAGAAGCAUGUCCAUCCAUGGCUAAUAAAUAUUUAA